GUGGAGCUCACUGCACGUGUGCCCAAGGAUUGCUGCUCAGAAGUCGCUGAUCUGCGCAGAAGAGUAAUCGAGGCUGAGAAGAAAUCCGACACCUUAUCUGGCUCCGUUGUUGCUCUGACAGUGCGCCUGGACAGUGAAUUAGGUGAAAAUAGCAAUGGUGCCAUCAACAAAGUGGACAACCGUCUGUCAGAUAUUGAAGGCAGAAUGAAUACUACAAAACACACUCUGGAGGAACAUUACUACCACUAUCGUGAUGAGAUGCAGCACUUCUUCCAAGACGAGAUCAAGAAACUGAGAGAUGAACUCAAAAAUCGCAUCAAUAGCAAUGACCUCAAAAUUACCCUUCUCCUAACGGAGCUUGGGAACAGCUCUGGAUUCCGAGACCUGAUGGACCAAAAGAUAAUGGGCCUAUCUGAUGACCUUGACUCUCUCAGGGAUCAGGUGGAAAAGAACGAAGACCAACUUAAUAAAGUCGUUAUAGAUUUGGACGGUCUGAGAAACCAGGUGACGGACACCAUGGACAGUUGUACCAAUCAAUGCAACGGUCAUGGUUCAGACAUGACAAAAUUAUAUGAAGAUUUAGACAAGAGGAUGAAAGAUAAUGAAGAUGAGAUCCACAAUGUCCACUCUGAUGUAAACAACCUCAGAAUAUCUGGAAACUCAAUGCAGGAUACAUUGAUGGACCUGGAUGGUGAGAUGACAAAUGUAAAAACGGUUGUGGAUUCCAAUGAAGAGACCUUCCGCAAGUCAUUGUCUGAUAUCAAAGAUGCGCAGGAUAGAUUUACAUCCACCAUCUUAUCUGACCUGGAUAGGUUCGAUCUGAACAUUGCUCAGUACCAGAAUGACACCAAUGGAAAAAUAUUGGAUAUGGAAAAUGAUAUUAAAUCCUUAAGGAAGAUGAUUGAGUUUGACUACAAGAGCUGUGGUCAAGUGUGCUCCAACCUGCAGGAGGAGGUGGGCAAAUUAAAGGAGCAGGUAGGUGAGUGUACAGAUACUUGCCAGUUUUUGAAGAAACCUGAGGAUGAAACUGGCUCCAACAAACGUCUUGAUGGUUUUGAGGUCUUUGGUGGAAGUAAUACAGACCUGAAGGACCUACAAGGAGAAGUGUCCAACAUUAUUGUGACCUUCACUUCCCUGAAUGACAGCGUCAAAGAUCUCCAGGAGAGCAUCGGACAACAGCAGACUGACAUCCACGAUCUGGCAACCACCAAACACAAGCUCAUUUCUGAGAUCAAUAAAAUCCAGGAGGAGUUGACGGAACAUAUUAAGGAUAAUGUGGAAAAGUUUGAUGUGUUCCAAAAAAGAGAUCAGCAGAUAUGGAAGUACAGUGGUGGAGGAAACACGGGAGUGCAGAAGGUCUUCCAGUGGCUUGGAAGAAAGAGUUUCCAAGCUGGAGAGCAUCUGUGUUAAGCUGGAUUCCGUCUCUGGGAGCCUACACAAGAUAAAGGAGAACCUGAACAAACACGUGUCGAGCCUGUGGAACUGUGUGCAUGAGGUGAACAGUACCAUCCAAACUCACAGCGCCUGGUUCGAUAAACUUCAUAACAGCCAACUCAAUGGAAUCAACCGUAGAAUUAACAGCCUGAACACCUCCAUGAUUCUUCUGUCUUCUGAGUGGCAGAACUUCACUCUUCAGGACUUCAUGGGACCUCCAGGCCUGCCAGGUCCACCUGGCCCAAUUGGGAAGACUGGACCCCCUGGACCAAAAGGACCCACUGGGCCUCCUGGAAGAGAUGGGCCAGCUGGAAAUCAAGGGCCUAUAGGACCACCAGGACUGCGUGGGGAACAAGGUCCUAUUGGCCUCACGCCUGAGGUUCCUCACAUCUCCUUCUCUGCUGCUCUCACCAUACCGAUAUUGGAGGCUGGAACCAUUCCUUUUGAUAAGAUUUUGGUGAAUGAUGGACAUGGCUAUGAUCCAGAAACAGGUAUCCUUCCACUGCCCCAAUAGAAGCAGGUACUUCUUUAGUGCCAAUCUUGACUGGCUACAAAGAUGAAAAAAGAUUGAUGCUGUGCUUUCCUCAAAUCCAACUUGGGCAUUGCCAGGGUGGACUCUGGAGGGCUAUCAACCAGAAGGCCUGGAGAAGAAAGCCACUCGUAGAAAUCAAGACCACCACCCAGCUUCACUUUGGGGUCCUUCAAUAUUAUUCUACAGCUUGAGUGCGGGUGACACCGUCUGCAUUGAACUGGUGACCGGGGAAAGUUGAGCCCAUCAUGAUGAGCCUCUUGACAGUCGUUCCAGUGGCAUCUUCCUGUACGAGGUGUGAAAGUGGACUUCUAG